AUGCAACUUCAGGCGAUUAGGGUUGCCCUCCUCCGCUCUCCGGCCUCUCGCCGGCAGGCGACCAUCCCUAAGAAGAAGAGCCGCCAGAAGAUCCGCAAUCACCCGGCGUCCAUCUCGUCCAAGUUCGCCCGUGUUGUGGCCAGUUCUACCGCUCCGCUCCUCGCUGGUUCUCCGAUCGUGGCCAUUUCUUUACCGUCCGCUCCCGGCCAUGCUUCUCUCUCUUCCGUUUGUGCAACUGUUUCUCCCGCCUCUCCGGUUGAAGUUAUUGGAACGCUUCCAAUGACUCCCGGCUCUGCCUUUGACGGGAUUCAGUCAAUUGAUAGUUCUUCUCCUCGCGAUUCUACCGCCUCAGUCGAGAUUAAGGGAACCCUUCCCCCGUCUCCUGAACCCACGGUGGUUCGCCCAGUUAUUUCGAAGCAGGGGUCUGAGAUUUCCUCCCCCGUGGUUGCUUCUACUAUCCUGAACUCGAAGCCGGGGUCUGAGAUUUCCUCCCCCGUGGUUGCUUCUGCUAUCCUGAAAUCGAAGCAGGGGUCUGAGACUUCCUCCCCCAAGGAUGCUUCCAUCCACCUCAACUCGAAGCAGGGGUUCGAGACCUCCUCCCCCGCGGCCGCUUCAACGCUCCUAGAAAGUUCGAAUACUCUUCUGAAUUCCUCUGUAACCCAGCCUCUUGUCGCUUCCAACACUUCAAUGGACCCGCAAAUUAAAUCUUCCCAGGAGAUUGUUCAACCAUCCUCCUCCUUGAAUCCGCCUCUAAGUAUUCCAUCCUCCAGUGGGUUGUCGUCGGAGGAUAAAGCUUCUCGUCCCAACAGCAAAUCUCCUUGGGCUUCUCGAUUCAAAACCUCCUUGCUAAAUCUGAAACAGAUGAGUCCCCCAUCCUUCAUGGAAGACGGAACCCCAGUUGUUGUUGCUCCCCCUUCAGUGAUUUUGAAGUCUGCAGAGAUGUGGAAAGGCCACAUUGUUGCCCAAUUUCAUGGGUUGUGCCCUCCUUCUCAGCGUAUCUUCACCGAUUUAAACCCAAUUUGGGGUCGCUAUGGGAACAUCACAGUUCGAAUCAUAUCUGAAACGGCUGCUUUGAUCUUCAUUCCGGCUUCGACUACUAGGCAGUGGGUUCUUGACAUUGGUUUUUGGCAGGCAGGGAACUGUUCCUGUUCUGUCUAUCCUUGGUCUGCAGAGGGGCCUCUCCAGCUGGAGAAACUUCAAACUGCUCCGACUUGGGCGAUUCUCAGAAACGUGCCGCCCCAACUUUACUCUCUUGAAGGCAUCAGUGUCAUAGCAAGCGGGAUUGGCAAGUCUUUCCACACGGAGAAGUCUUGGUUAGAUCCGGUCAAUAUUGGUACUACCAAGGUCAAAGUGGUGAUCAAUCUGAACUCCCCUCUCCCGGCAGCUGUUGUUGUUCGCGAUGUCCAAGGAAACACAGCAAGAGUCCCGGUUGAAUACCCAAGGCCUCCCCCGAAAUGCUUGAAUUGUGGCAAAUAUGGACAUCUCCUUAGUCGCUGUCCCUCUCCCUUAUUAAAAAAGCUACCUUUCAAGAAAGAUCUGCAUGUAGGUUCCAAAGUGGUUAAUCACCCUACCGUCUCUCUUCCUCAGGACAAGAACUCGAAUGGGAAUCUCUCUCUCGCUCAAUCAGCUCUUACAUCCAUUGCUCCUUCCUCUUCUCGGAAGCUAAGCACUGACCUCAUUUGGCAGAAGAAGCUAGUUAAGCCUUCAGGAGCUGCCACAGAGGUUUCCCGUUCUGAGCCUCAGAAACGUCCAGGUCCUUCUCCAAAGAUCAGUGAGCCUAAACCUAAGCAUCAGGAUUCUAAUCCUCCUACUCCUUCUAAUGCUUCCUUGGUCUCCAUGGUCCCGGUUACUUCACCCACCAUCUCUUCGCCUCCUGCUGAGACUGAUUAUCCCUUUCCUCCAGACUGGGAUGUGUUAUCCUCAAAGGCAAAGAAGAAACUUCAAAAAAUUUGGGGUUUAAAUAAUCUUGCCCGUCAACGUGUUGUCAGGAAUUGGGUCUCUUCCAAUGGCCUAAGAGUAGGAUGUUUUUUGGAGACACAUGUGACGGAGGCUAAUUCGUCUGCUGUGCUGGCUGCUACCUUGCCUGGUUGGCGAUUAGCUAGUAACUAUUGUUGUUCUGAGUUGGGGAGAAUUUGGCUGGUUUGGCAUCCCUCGGUCUCUGUUUUGAUUUUUAUGAAGACGGAUCAAUUGAUCCAGUGCAGCAUUCAUUUGCCUAAUGCUCCUCGCUCCUUUGCUGCUACCUUUGUUUAUGGCAGAAAUUCAGAACUUGAAAGGAAAACUCUUUGGGAGGAUAUUUCUUGGCUUGCUUCUUCCUCUCCUCUGAAAUUUACUCCUUGGAUUUUAUUAGGAGACUUUAACCAAAUUGCCUCUACCAGUGAGCAUUACUCCAUCAACCAUUCCAAUCUUUCUUUGCGUGGAAUUGAAGAUAUCCAAAAUUGUUUCUCGGAUAAUGACCUUGAGGAUAUCUCUAGCCGUGGUGCCUUCUUCACUUGGUCUAAUCACCAGGAGGCUAAUCCCAUUAUCAGGAAACUGGAUCGAGUGAUGGCUAAUGGUGAAUGGCUCUCUUCUUAUCCUGAUGCCUUAGCAAUCUUUGACUCCCCGGGCGAGUCUGACCAUUCUCCUAUCAUGGUCAUCUUGGAUAAUCAACCAGAAAGAGGAAGGAAAUGCUUCAAGUAUUUUUCUUUUCUCUCCACCCAUCCAACCUUUUUGUCCUCUUUAGCAGUGGCGUGGGCUGAGGAGAUCCUGGUGGGUUCGGCCAAGUUCACACUUGGAGAGAGGUUAAACUCGGCAAAAAAGGAAUGCAAACUUCUGAACCACAGAGGCUUUGGUAAUAUCCAGCAGAGGACCAAGGACGCAUUAUCUUGCCUUGAAGAAAUUCAAAUGGAUCUUCUCUCUAAUCCUUCUGAUGCUCUCUUCAGACAAGAAUUUGUGGCUAGGAAAAAAUGGCGUUUCUUUGACCUUGCUCUUGAGACCUUCUACCGUCAGAAAUCCAGGAUUAGAUGGCUGAAGGAAGGAGAUGCUAAUACCAGGUUCUUCCAUAGGGCUGUUAUUGCAAAUCAGGCCAGGAAUUUAAUCUCUUACCUUCGUGGUGAAAAUGACAUCAGGGUGGUUAAUGUCAGCCAAAUCAAAGGGAUGAUAAUCGCUUAUUACUCUCAUCUCCUUGGAUCUGUUGAUAGCGCAGUUACUCCGUACUCGGUUGACAGAAUACAGGAUAUCCAGCCUUUCAGAUGCGAUGCUACCCUGACUAGUAAUCUCUCCCGUAUUCCCUCUGAAGAGGAAAUUAUCCAAACCCUAUUCUCCAUGCCUAAGAACAAAGCGCCGGGCCCUGAUGGCUUUCCGGCUGAAUUUUUCUGGGAAUCUUGGUCGAUUGUAAAGGAGGUCACUGUAGCGGCGGUUAUGGAGUUUUUCAAGACUGGCCAUCUCCUUCCCAGGUUCAACGCUACAGCCAUUGCUCUUAUUCCAAAGAAUCAUCUCUAG